AUGACCUCGCAUGUAAAGGAAACAGAACUGACCAAUAAAGCAGCAGAUAUGUUUACGAGCUACGCUCUCAAUAAUUUUCAGCAUUGUCACAAUGCACUAGAAAAACGUAUGUUGAAACAACAACAGCAGAACCAAUGUUAUCUACCAUUACAACAACAACAUCAACAUCAACAACAACAACAUCAACAACAUCAAGAAAGUUACGACAGUGACCUCCAAAAUAAUCAGCAUUCCAAUAAACAAACCAACUACAAUGACAAAAUUCUUCGUUUUGAUAACUCCGAUGCUUCAUCGUUCAACGAAAUAAAUAGAAAGACAGUCAACAACAAGCAGCAGCACAUCGGCGCAAUGAACCACAAUCGUGCUAGUAAGAUUUAUAGGGACGACAACCGCUCCGAUGACGACACGAUUGAUGUGAAGCUGGAGUAUCAGGAAGAUGACAGAAUCAAUAAGGCAAAUAGCAUUGUUAAUGUCCACAGCAGUCAUAUGCAUGGUCAUAUCAACUUACCAGCAGCAGCUUUCUUCUCCCUUCCUCACAGCAGUUACGGUCCCGUCAACGACAACAAAAACUUCGACACAAGCCACCCUGUUAAAAACGCUAAUUUUGAUUAUUCAAAAUACAGCAAGUUAUUUGAAAACAAAAUAUAUCCAACGUUUCCUGUACAAGAUUUUGCGACGCCUUCCCAGUUUAACUUUAACUACAGCAAUAACAUUAAUUGCAACAACAACAACAACAGCCACGAUUUCGACAAAUAUAUCAACUUGAAGGCCAUGCAACAAAGCCAACAACAACAAUACAUGCUUCAGCAAGAAAAUAAUCUCCUUUUACAAUUUCAACAACAGCAAGCGAAACAGCAACAGCAACAUAAUCAAAAACAACGUCAACAACAUUUUCUUCAUAACCAACUUCAGCAGCAGCAGCAGCAGCAACAACAACAACAACAACGAAAAUAUGCCUCAUCUCAGCCUUCCCAGAACUACGAUCACAUAAAACAGGCCUUACUGAAAAAUGCUGCCUUUUCAGAUCAGAGGAACAGAAGUUCCAGUUUUUCAGCUGAACUGAGCAAGAGAGAUUCAGUUGAAAGAAACACCAAUCACUUCCAUCCCGACAGCCAGUUUUACAGAAAAGAGGUUUUAUCCAGUUCGAUUGGUCAGUCCAAAGUAAAUAACUCGCUGCACAAGUAUGAUGGCGGAGAUGGUCAAAUUCUGAAAAAUGUUGCGAGACGUAAGAAUACUGAGAAAAAUAACUGCGUUGACGAUGACGGUGCUAAUUCUUUUGAAAAUGAAUAUUCAUACAAAGAUAACAAAUUAAAAGAUGAUUUCGAAGAUAAAAUUAAUCUGAACAGAUGUACGGUUUUGUUAGAAAACAAAAUAACCGACCGAGAUUAUCAGCAUUUGAAGGGUGCCACCGGAAUUAACAGAUCCGUUAUCCACGAGAAAGAUGUCCACAGAAACCACGAAUACAACAGCCAACCCAAUCAGUUUGGUCCAGUUCGGGAUGAAGAGUUGCCCAUGAAGAUGGGUGCUGGAUUGCACGUGGAAAAGUUGAUGCUUUACAGGAAUGUCUCUUUUGACGGUGACAGUGAUUCCGAUGAAAACAAGCUUAGCAUGAAAAAUCACCAGGCUAUGAAGUUCAAUCCGGUUCAUAAUCGAGGUGGAAAUGAGGAUAGUACAUCAGUUAAGAUGGUGAAUUCUGAUGUUGGAAACAAAAGACACAAAAUAUUCACUAAAUGGAAUGUCUCCGAUUCCCCAGAAAAUUGUUCAGAGGCAAACAAAAUGAAUGACAGCAUUAGCAAAGGUAAUAAGACUAAGGAUGAUAGCAAAGACAACAUUAAUGAAACAGUUUUAAGGAAGAGAAACUUCAACCUUGACAACGAGGACAAUAAAAAUGACGAUGACCAUGACAGCGAUUUUAAGGAGUACGCGAUGAAGCACAAGAAGAGAAAAGCUUUAGAAAAAAUGAGUAGAGUAGGACCUGAAUACGCAAAAGACAACGCAGCAGUAACAGCAGCAGUAGCAGUAGCAGCCUCAACAGCAAAUGUUACAGAACCUUAUAUAUUAGCCACCACCAACAAAACAAGUUACAACAUCAUUUCUGAUUUUAAAAAUUCUAGCGCAAGGGUUAAUGAAGAAGAGGUAAAAACUGAUGGCAAGACAUGUAUAGCACGUCUUGAUGGGGAAGACGAAAACGAAGAUGAUGGUAAUUGUGAAAAUUUUAAAGAUGAUAACAAAAAAAAUGAUGAUAGUGAUGCAAGUGGUGGAAAAAUUGUAGAAGAAGAACAUUCAAGACACAUAAUGCGCGUCAAUGAAGAGUGCAAAGUAACACACUCAGCAACAAAAUCAAGAGUACAUUCCUCGAAUCCCUACCACCUCAGUAAACGAAGCAACAACUGCGCAGGCAAGAUCAACAGCGUAGAAAUGGACACCCCAAACAACAACCAACUAAAUGACCAGGACAAUGAAAACAACGCAAACAACAUCAACAAAAAGUUCAGCAAGGUUAAACAAGACCGCACAAGCAACAAUGGCGAUAUAAAAGACAUCGUCACAGUUGUAAAUAGAAAAAUCGGUGCUAAUGAUAAUAAUAGCAACGAACAGAAUCGAUUGUGCAUCAUUAACCAGAGCUCCAGUAACAACAGCAGUUGCAACAACAACAACAGCAACUAUACAAAAUAUUCAGACAUAGGUAGCAGCGUAGGAAACAACCACAACAUUAACAACAACAACGUCGUUAACAUCAUCAACAAUAACAUCAACAACAACACCAUCAUCAACAGCAACAACAUCAUCAUCAACAACAACAUCGUCAACAACUCAGAUUCUGAUAAAGAAAACAAUUCCAUAAUUAUUUCAAGCAGUUCAGUUGACAGUACUGCAAAUUCUGCACCUGCCAGUGUGGAUAAAAAUGUCAAGAAGGACUUCAAUAGUGAUGAUAAAAUUGAUGAUGAUGUUAAUAAAAAUGGUGAUGGUGAUGAGGACAACGGCAAUGACGACGACGACGACGAUGAUGAUGGCUGUGGUACUGAAGUUGAUAAAAAGGAAAAAGAUGAUGAAGAUGUGACUAACAGAAAAAUAAGUCAUGAAUCUGAGAAUUCUAAUUUCAAACGUUAUAAGAAUCAUGAUAAUGAACGAGAUCUGGGUAGCGAAAAUGACCACAUUACCAACAAUGGUCAAAAUUACGGUGAUGGUCAGGAUAACAAUGACGAUGAUGACCAAAAUAAUGAUGAUAACGAUAUUGAUAAUGAUGACCGAGAUAAUGAUGAUGGUAAUAACCAACUGGGUUCGCCAUCAAUCAUAGAGAGGAGAGUGAUGGAAGAUGAUGGUGAGGAAGAAGAUCUAGAUUGCAAAAUGUGUGAUUACAAAGGAACGCCAAUUUCAAACUCGUCGGAACGUUCCAUUGUUGCAACUUAUCCGAUGUCUUCUUUUUCCGAAACUCUUUCAAACAAUAUUUUUGCAUCAUUUUAG